CCCUAUUGAAUUUUUAAAAAUUCUUUGGAAGAGAAAUUACAAUUUCGAACCCAUAACCUUUAAAUUCUGGGCUGGCACUAUUUUUUAAUAUACACCCUCUUAUAAUUUUUUAAACUAAGUUAUUAAACAUGUUGCAGAAGUUAAACUAAAAUCUGUGCUUAUUCUGUUCAUAUAUCCAAUGUUCUAACAACAUGUUCAUCACUCAAACUUCCUUAAACCCCAUGUCAAAUGACAACAAAAGACACAUUUUUUUUCAAGAAACUCAUCACAUGUCACCUCUUUUCACUUCCAAAUUCUACACCCUUUGCCAAGAUUCUAGAAUCUUGCAUCAAUUCAAAGUCCCAAAAUAUCAUACAAACUGUCCAUUGUCGAAUUCUCAAAACCCAAUUUAGUUCAGAGGUAUUCAUAAACAACAAGUUAAUAGAUACAUAUGGGAAAUGUGGUAUGUUCAAGAAUGCUAAGAAGGUGUUUGAUAAAAUGCCUGAGAGAAAUACCUUUACUUGGAAUGCCAUGAUUAAUGCAUAUACAUCAUCAAGAUUGUAUUUUGAGGCUGAGGGGUUGUUUUAUUUAAUGCCUGAACCUGAUCAAUGUUCAUGGAACUUGAUGGUUUCGAGUUUUGCUCAAUGUGAAUUGUUUGACUCGUCGAUAGAGUAUUUCGCGAAAAUGCAUAAAGAAGAUUUUGUUUUGAAUGAGUUUUCUUAUGGUAGUGGUUUAAGUGCUUGUGCAGGGUUAAGGGACUUGAAAAUGGGAACUCAAAUUCAUGCAUCAGUUGUUAAAUCGAGAUAUUCGGAUAGUGUUUACAUGGGUUCUGCGCUUAUUGACAUGUACUCGAAAACAGGUAGUGUGUGUUGUGCAACAAAGGUGUUUAACGGGAUGUGUGAGCGUAAUAUGGUGUCGUGGAAUAGUUUAAUUUCUUGUUAUGAGCAAAAUGGGCCUGCGAGGGAGGCGCUCGAGAUAUUUGUUAGGAUGAUGGACUUUGGUUUUAAACCAGAUGAGAAGACCUUUGCGAGUGUAGUAAGUGCUUGUGCGAGUUUGUGUGCGAUAAGAGAAGGUAAGGAAAUCCAUGCCCGAAUUGUCAAGUCGGAUAAGCUUAGAGAUGAUCUUAUUAUAUGCAACGCAUUGGUUGAUAUGUAUGCAAAGUUUGGGAGAAUUGAUGAAGCUAGAUGGAUUUUUGAUAAAAUGCCAGUCAGAAGCGUGGUGUCACAUACUUGUUUAGUAAGUGGUUAUGCGAGAGUUGCAAGUGUGAAGACUGCGAGAUCCAUGUUUAUGGGAAUGAUUGAAAGAAAUGUCGUGUCUUGGAAUGCUCUUAUUGCUGGAUAUACACAGAAUGGGAAUAACGAAGAGGCAUUAAAUCUCUUUCUUAUGCUAAAAAGAGAAUCGGUUUGGCCAACUCAUUAUACGUUUGGGAACCUCCUCAAUGCAUGUGCAAAUUUAGCUGAUCUGAAGCUUGGUAGGCAGGCUCAUACACAUAUUUUGAAACAUGGAUUCCGUUUCCAGAAUGGACCCGAGCCUGAUGUUUUCGUGGGGAACGCUCUCAUAGACAUGUAUAUGAAAUGUGGAUCAGUUGAUGAUGGUAGCUGUGUAUUCACAAAAAUGCUCGACAGAGACUGGGUUUCAUGGAAUGCCGUAAUAGUUGGAUAUGCACAAAAUGGGCAUGCUGUUGAAGCUCUUGAAACUUUUAACUUUAUGUUAGUAUCUGGAGAGAAGCCAGAUCAUGUGACUAUGAUUGGAGUUCUAUGUGCGUGUAGUCAUGCAGGAUUGGUUGAGGAGGGUCGUAAAUAUUUCUAUUCCAUGGGCACAGAGUAUGGGUUGGAACCGUUGAAGGACCAUUAUACGUGCAUGGUUGAUUUGCUUGGCAAGGCUGGUUGCUUAGCAGAGGCGAAGGAUUUGAUUGAAUCCAUGCCGAUGUCUCCUGAUAGUGUUGUAUGGGGUUCUUUGCUCGCUGCAUGUAAAAUUCACAGGGAAAUCGAGUUGGGAAAGUAUGUGGCGGAGAAGCUUUUGGAGAUUGAUCCUACAAAUUCUGGCCCUUAUAUUCUUCUAUCAAACAUGUUUGCUGAACAAGGAAGAUGGCAAGAUGUCAAAAUGGUCAGAAAGCUUAUGCGACAGCGAGGCGUUGUUAAACAGCCGGGUUGCAGUUGGAUUGAAAUACAAAGCCAUGUUCAUGUUUUCAUGGUAAAAGAUAAGAGGCAUGCAAAGAAAAAAGAGAUAUAUCGGAUAUUGAAUACACUAACUAAAUUGAUGAAGCUCUCUGGCUAUGUCCCGGAUGCUGGUCAUUUUGAUGCUGAUGAGGAGCAAGCCAUGUUGGAUUUUUCCUCAUCUGAAGAGUUUGAAGAACCUGUAACAGCUGCCAUCGCAUGAUGUUCAAGGCGACUUGUGAAAAAUGCUAAUUCCCUGUACUUGUCUAGAAAGAGUUAUACAAAAGAUUCUUAUAGUCGAUUCCUACUAAUUCAAGAGUGAAACGUAAUUGGUUGAUUUGUUUCCAUGUAUCCUCCCCCAUCUGCCAAGGAGAACAGAGGCAGAAACACAUUAGUGAAUGUAAGUUACUGAAAUGUCAUCAUGUGUAUCUCACUUAACAAAUAUCACAUAUGCAUCUUUCCUGGAUCACUUUUUUUUUACCUCUAUGACAGUUUAGUUUGUCUUUGA